AUGACUCCAAGACCCUCAUGCGAUUUGGUAGGAAGGAACGGGACCUUUAAAUCUAACUGGGGUUCAGCCUCAGAACCCAAAUCUGGCUCCACAGACAUUACCAAAAGUCAGCGAAUGAAAUACAACAGUGAAGCUGAGCUUGCCUCUAAAGAAUGGUCAUUUACCUUUAGAGAAGACAAAACAAACAAUAGAAGACUGAAGAAACACGUGUCAACAAGCAGACAGCGUGGAAAUCGCAGAGUGAAGGCAAACGACAGAGAAAGGCACCGCAUGCAUAAUCUGAACUCGGCUCUGGAUAAUCUGAGAAGCGUCUUGCCAACUUUUCCUGAUGACGCAAAACUGACCAAAAUCGAGACUUUGAGAUUCGCGCACAAUUACAUUUGGGCGUUGUCAGAAACUUUGAGAAUUGCAGAUCACGUUCGACAGAGGUCAAUACACGCCCGGGAUCAGGAGAACCUUGCGGUGCCAAGUGCGUGUUUGGAUGUGCGCCACAGCGCGUCGAGCGCAUGCGCCUCCAAAUGGCACUCCACAAACUCAUCAUCAAAUUGGCAGGAAACACAAGGCUUUUACACUGAUUUGUUACUAGAGGAAUUUAACGGGAAUUUUCAGGACAAUCUUACUUUUUGA